AUGCUGCAGACAUCCAGGUGGCUCCGACACCUCCUCGGCUUCCUAUGCGUGGCGGCCGAGGAGACGCUCCCGGGGCGGGCGCCCUGGUACUGCCCACCCAGAGGGAUCCGGGAGAGCGCUUGCGUGCGCCAGCACCGCUUUGGGCAAGCGCCCUUGUACGUCGAAUCUUCGCUGGUGCCAUUGUCGGUGAAGGUGGUGCUGGCGGCGGCUCAGGAAGACCCCCGGGCGGAGACGGGCAAAAUGGCCCAAGCCAUGCUCGCGAAGAUCGAGGCCAUCAGGCUCAUCACCUGCACCGGCCGCUUCCAGCGCUGCUACCAGCCAAAUGCGCUGGCCGAGACCUUGGCGGAGCUGUGCGGCUACGUGGAGGCUCUGCGAGGCUCCCUGGGCCCCAUCGACAUCAAUGAGGAGAGUGUCUGCCAGGCGCUCUUCCUGAAGGGCGACGGCUCCGCGGUGCUGCGUGCCGUCUCCACGCCCUUGCAGAGGCUGGUGGAGAGGUCCUUCCCCGCCGCGGCCCCGCCGGAAGUGGGGAACUUCGGCUCGCGCUUUAACUUUGAGCACUUCUUCGCAAAGAGAGCGGAGGUGCUUUCAUCCCGCGUGUCGGGCCCGAGCGCCGCAGCACAGCUCAUGUACCCUCCGAUCUUCAGCCCCAGUGGCAUUUGCUCCCUGGGCGAGGACGCGAGCACACAGCGAAUUGGGCCCAGCGUGUCCCACGUGCUGCGGGUGCUGCGGGCUGCCAAGGUGCAGAUGUCCCACUUCGUGGUGAACUUUGGGGCGGCGGACGGGGAGUGUGGCACCGAGGAGGACUGGAACGCAGACCCUGCGAACUGCUUGACCAUGGAAGGCUACUCCGCCGUCAUCAUCGAGGGAGACCGGAAGCUUCUCAGCUGUGGUAUGACAGGUUUUUCCCACAUCUUCGCCGUCACUACGGCCACCGGGAGAACGCCGUUUCAGGUCGCAAGUCUAAAAAUCAAACCUGCCGUGUCGAUCCGGGAGAUGGCCAGCGAUGAUCAUACCUUCGAGUACUGGGCCGGGAAUCCGUCCAUUGAGAUCAUCCACGGCCACAUCAAGGUCUCGGGCUCCCGCCCGGCGGCCGCCAGCUCCGGUCACUCGGAGAAGAGCGGCACGGAGACGCGCAUGGCCCUCGCCAGCUCUGUACCCUGCCACAUGCCGGCACCGGAGCUCUGCGACUUCCUGGGCGCCUUCGGCGCCACCAGCCACCGCCGCUUCAGGCACUGCCGGGUGCUCCACGGCAAGAACAGCGAGGACUACCUCAUAGCUUUGCUCAUGGCCUCGCCCGCGGACGUGGAGUGGCUGGUGCAGGAGUUCCAUGGAAAGCGGUUCAAUAGCAUCGAGCCGGCGGUCUGCAGUCUGCACUUUGUGGUGACCUGCAGUCAAGCUGGGCUGCUGGAGGACUCCUCCAGCCCCAGCGCCUUCCCCCGGCGCUGGUCGGGGCCGCAGCCGCGCCCGGAGCUGCCGGACUUCGCGGAGAAGGGGUUCUCGCCCUUCAUGCUGCCCUCGAGCAACGUGCCGAACUUGGAGAGGUCGCCCUUGAUGUCGCCGGUGUCAGAUGCGCUGCCGGAGCUCUUUCUGGGGGCCGCGGGCACGCAGAGCGUGGUGUCCCCGACGUUGGGUGAUCGGCCCUUCUGCACGGUGUGCCAAGAGACCGUGGACUCCAACCCCAGCGAGUACCAGCUCACCGAGCUGGGCGGAGGAGUCCCUUUGACCAUCCUCUGCGGGCACACCUUCCACGCGCGUUGCCUCUCUUGCUGGUGCGACACCCGGUGCCCGGUGUGCCGGUUCCAGCAGCAUCCCUACCAGACCUCCUCCUGCGACGUGUGCGGCCAGGCGGAGGGGGUGCACAUCUGCCUAGUCUGCGGUGCCAUCGGCUGCACCGGGCCGCAGGGCCACGCGCAGCAGCACUUCGAAGCCACCAGCCACGCCUACGCCCUGGACGUGAAUACACAGCACGUUUGGGACUAUGCGGGCAAUGGCUAUGUGCACCGCCUUCUCUACAACUCUCAGGACGGCAAGAUGGUGGAGCACUCCGCACCGGAGGAGGGCUUGACGGCGCAGGCGGUCUUCGGGGACCUGCGCUGGGCGGACUGGGCGGACAUGGAGGACGACGACUGUGAGAAGAUCGCCGCGCUCUUCACCCGAGCGCCGGGUGCCGGAAGCUCAACGGACAACACCAAGAAGCAGGAGGCCAUUGUCAGCGAGUUCAACAACUUGCUGUCCACUCAGCUGACCGCGCAGCGGGAACACUUCGAUGAGCUUAGGCUGGACAUCGAGCAGCAGAACUCCCAGGAGCUCCGGAAGCUGGAGGAGGAGCUGAACGGCGCUCAGCUCAUGGCCGACGGCGCCCAGCAGCGCCUGGAGACCGUGCGCCAGGAGGCCCAGCACCUGGAGCGCCAAGUCGCGGAGCUCAGCGCGGAGGAGGCCACCGCCCAGCGCCAGCGGAGCCAACUGGAGGCGCUGAACCGGCGCUUGGGCGCCGAGCAGAAGGCCUUCGAGGAGAAGCAAACGGGCGCGGAGGAAAUGAAGAGAAGGCGUCAGCAGCGCGACCGUCAGGUCGCAGAGCUGCAGCAAGAGAUCAGAGACCUGGAGCUCUUCCUGCAGAUGAGGCGCCGCUGCGAGAACGCCGACGGUGCGGAGAUGCAGGGCGCGCACUUGCUGGCGGGGACGGAAACAGCGGGGAGUCACGGAAAGCGACCGGAGGACGCGCAGAGCCCGUCGCCGCUGAAGCGAAAAGCGUCGAGGGCUGUGCGCGCGCUGGCCUUUUGCUUCCUUUGCUCCAUUCAGGACGCGCAGAGCCCGUCGCCGCUGAAGCGAAAAGCGUCGAGGGCUGUGCGCGCGCUGGUGCUGCAGUUCAUGCCCUUGAGCAACGUGACGCACCUGCUGGAGGAUCACUUGGCCUCCAUGAGGACCGCCUCCUCCUCGCCGGACCUGCUGAAGGCCUUGCGCGUGAUCAAGCCCAAGGUGAUCCACGUCGAGUACAUGCCGCAGGCGCCGCCACCCAUGGAGUAUAUCCAGCACUACCAGAACACCCUGCUGCAGGUGGAGCUGAACGAACGCGCGGAGCCGCUGCUGCUGAAGGAUCGGCUUUGGAAGCCCUCCGCGCAGUUCAUUUGGUCGGAGGAGCAGCUGCAGAGGAAGACUCCGGUGGAAGAGGAGUCAGGAGCCACGGUGCAAGAUGGAGGUGAGGGGAGAGAGAUGACAGGGUGCUCACUCAGCGCUUUUCUGCGCAAAGCUCCAGGCUACGCGCUGGUGGCGGCGGGGGACGAGGAGGCAGUGCUGGUGCAAAGGCAACUGCAGCCACUGCUGGGUGUGGAGCCAUCGGCCAGGGCUGCCUGGCUCCGGGGAUCCUUCUGCAACCCCUGGCGCCUCACCAACGCGCCCGGGCCCAUGCGACUUACUCAGUUCGCGGGAAAGGCGGCGCUGCUUUGGCUCAGCACUCUCGCCUUGCCAAGCUUCCUGCCGGAUCCAUUUCACGCCAUGUCCUACGCGAAGGUGGUGAACCCUUUUGGC